AUGUUAAAAACACUUAUUACUUCUAACACAGCGGCAAUUCUUGAACGUUAUCUUCAAGAACAAUUUAAUGUACAAAAAGAAAAAGUUUCUUUAUUGGAAAAAGAAUUUAAAGAGAAAAGAAUUGAAAUUGGAAAAUUAAUUUUGGAAGUUCGUCGAACAAAUGAAUAUGAACAAAUAAAUAAUUAUGAAAUUCUUUCCGAAAAAUAUCAAACAAAUUUAAAAAGACAAAAUGUAGAUUUAUCAUCUCAUAUAAGAACAUUAAAAGAAAAAAGUGAUUUAAUUGAUCAAUUAAUUCAACAAGGUUUUCAAUAUGUGAAGAUUGAAAAAUCUUUUGAUUUUCAACACGGAGAAACUGAUCAAUCAUUGGAAAAACAACUUGUUAAAGAGGAAUUUCAUAGAAUUCUUUGUUCAAAUGAUUUUUUAAAUGAAACCAAUUGGACAAAAUUAAAUGAUUUAUUAAAAGAUUUUAAUGAAAUGAAAAAGAAAGAUAAUCGAACAAAACUUUUCUAUUUCGAUUUUACUUAUUCAACAUUUCAUUUAAAUGAAAUGAAAAGAUUUCCAUUGAAGUCUUUCAAACCAAUUAUUUCUCAAUCACGAGCAAUUUCUCAAUCAAAUCGUCGCGAAGAAAUUCUUCAUAUUUUAUUUCUUGGAAAAAUCCAAUCAGGAAAAUCAAUGUUAAUCAAUACAUUCGCAGAUUUUCUCAAAUCGAAAAAACGUCGAGAUAUUCAAAAAGAUUUCUCAAUCAACAACAUUGUAAUUCCAUUUUUACAUCUUAUUGAAAAUGAAUUUGAAGAACGACAAAUUCAAAUUGGUCCAAAAGAUUCCAAUGAAAAUUAUGAUAAAAAAGGACAAUCAUUUACACAACAAUGUCGAUCUUAUUCAUUUAAUUUAGAAAAUAAUCAACAAAUUUGUCUUAUUGAUACACCUGGAUUUGCAGAUCGACGUGGACAAGAACAUGAUGAGAAAGUAAUGCAACAUAUUUUAUCAGUUGUUAAUCGAUUAACACAUAUCAAUGCUAUUUGUUUGAUAAUUGAUUCAAAUGAAAAAGAUUUCAAUUCUUAUCAAAGAUCUUUCGAUCAAUUGUUAAAUUAUUUUCAAGAAAAUAUUUUACAAAAUUUCUUUAUUUGUUUCACCAAAUGUCUUUCAAAUAAUCUUGAUGAGCGUUGUCAACAAUCGAUUAUCAAAUCUAUUUCAACCAAAUUACAAUCGAUUAAUCGAGAAAAUCUUUUUCAAUUUGAUAGUUCAUAUUUAAUUCAAUCAACAAUACAUCAAUAUCUGGGCAAAUUUGAUUUUCCAAAUCCUUCGUCUCAACAAAGUCAGUCAAUAACAUUUGAUCAAUGGAAAAGAUUCUUAAGUCAAAUUCAAAACAACAUUAAUCAACGUUAUUUAAUUCAUCAUCAAGGUUUACAAAAUCAACAAAUUCUUCGUUCAGAAAUUAGACGAUUAAUUCGUCCAAUAUUUGAAACAAUUCGAAAUCUUCUUCAAAAUCAAAUUUUAUUUCAAUUCUCUUCUUCAAUUCAAUCGAUUGAAAUUCGAUUUAAACCACUUGAUUUUAAUAAUGCAACAUGUUAUUCAUGUCAUCGACAAUCGAAACAAAUUGGACCUUUUUGGAUUGUCUUUGAUUUAAUACAUCAAUUUUCCAACAAAUGUGAUACAUGUUCAUGUCCUUCCAAUCAACAUAUACCAAUUUCAUCUUAUUUAGAAUAUUAUCUUUCAGAUAAACCAUUCAAAUAUAUUCCAUCUGAUAUUCAAUCUUCUAUCGAAAAUCUUAUUCGUGAAAGUGCAUUUUUAUCCAAUUGGCUCAUGAGAACAAGUCGACAACAAAGCCCUGAAGAUUUGUUUUGUUUAUAUUUAGAGCGAAUGAUCAAAGAUGAAUAUUAUGUUCUGGAAAAGAAACCCUAUAAUAAAUUCAAUGCCAAAUUAUACGAUCUUUUGAUUAUACUUCGAGUACAAUAUUUUCACUUUUAUCAGAAAGCCAAUGUACAUAAAUGGAAGGACCUCGAUGAAAUUCAAAAUCGAAUUGAUAAGAUUCGAAACGAUCGAAUUUUAUCCGAACAAUUUCAGUUGAAUAACUAA